AUGUCUGAAUCAGUAGCCACAGAGACGUCUGCCGCGCCGGUCCCGGCUUCCGUCAAAGGAAUGAGGAAGAAUGGCAAGCAAUGGCGCGACAACAAAAGCGCUUUCAGGCCUCGCGCGAACCAGACACCGUUCGAAAAGCGCACAGCGGAGAGGAAGGCGCUCGCCGCUGUCAAGGCGAAGGAGAAGGAGCUGAAGGACGAGAAAGCAGCAGCAAAGCAGCAACAGGUUGACAGGAUUCGGGAGAAGCGCGCAGCCAAGGAAGAGAAGGAGCGAUUCCAGAAGAUGGAGGAGAAGAUGCACAAGAAGCGUGUCGAGCGUCUGAAGAGGAGGGAGAAGCGCAAUGCCAUGCUGAAGUCAUGA